AUGGUUUGCAUUUGUUCCAGAUGUCGACUAUAUUUUCAUGGAAUUCAAUUGACGACUCAGUGUCAAUUAUUAAAAUUUACAAAUUUAAUUAAGGGAUGGCAAAUGAGAAAUUUUUUUUUGGAUACAAAUGCAAAAGUAUUACUUUAUUUCAUGCCAGAAGAAGUCCGAAAGAAACCUCCACGAGGUGUGAUUGAACUAACAGACGCUUGGGUUAGUCCGUCUACCGAAGAUGAUAUUACAUUCACAGUGCAAACAUCAAGUGGUGAAACAUUUAAACUAAGAGCGAGUGAUGCAAAAGAAAGACAAAAAUGGAUUGAUCGUUUACGUUCAAACACCGGGGCAAAUGCGGCUGAGACGUAUGCUUCGUCAUUACCACCACAAAAAGUCGUAAAUAGUGUACCUACUAAUAAUGAUUCGUUACCUCGUUCCACGAGACGUGAUUCAAGUGUACAUCAUUACCAAACACUUAAAGAAUUAAAAGAAGUUAUAAGAUGUACAGAUGCUAGUCAACGAGAAUUUGUUGAAACAGUUGAAACUAUACCUGAUUCUUUACGAUUAAAUUUAUUGAGCAAGGAAAUGCUAUUGCUGCGAUCGACAAGUCAGUCAUGCGUUACAACAUUGCAAGAAAGCCUCGCCAUAUUAACCAAUAGAAGGCUGGUAGAGCUUAAGACGCCUGAACCUGAUUUCGUUCCGCCUCCCUCUCCUUCGCCACAGCCACCAUUGGUAGCAAAACAACUAAGUCAAUCAUAUGGCGGCAAAACUGGAAUUAGUUUAUCGACUCCUCCACCAUCGAUGCCACUAAACAAAACUUCAAGUCUUACAGGUUUGAAUCAGCCAACAAACGAACAAAGUUCCAUUUUCUUACCAACGAAAUCAUUGAAGUGUAAGUGUAGUACUAUCAUCAUGUUACGAAUUCACUAA